AUGGCUUCCGGUUGCAAAUUCACUAGCCUUGGCUUCUAUCUGUCCUUUCUGUGGCUAUCUACAGGACAUGUUUGGAAGAAGAAACAUCUCGAUUCGAGGGUCCGUCUUGCUCAUGAUGGGUAUCGUUGUCGUAGCCACCGCAGCGCAUUCUUUUCAAUCUCCGAGAUCCUCCUUUUUCUCAUUGCUCUUCAAUCCGGAGGCUAUGAUCGCCCUUGGAGAAGUGCGUUCGUCAUUUGCAUGUUGCUCGUUGGGGCAGCUCUCAUUGCCGCCUUUGUUGUAUGGAAGUGGGCCAGAUAUCCUAUGGUGCCAGGUGCCCUCUUCGCCGGUCAACGUGUCGUUGCUAUGGCCCUGGCUAUUGCAUUCAUUGCAGGAAUGAAUUUCUACUCACUCAUCAACUUUGCACCGCUUACUUAUAGCGCUGUAUAUGACCCUGACCCCGUUCAAGUCGGUCUCAAGGGCCUCAGUUAUGCCUCUGCUAUCACUGUCGGAGCUGCAGUGGGGAAUACUAUGCUUACGGUCUUGAAAGGGCACAAUCGAGAAGUUCUACUCGUUUCCUGCGUCCUGAUGACCGCCUUUACCGGUGCUUUGGCUGCUGUUGAUCCCACAAAUCCCGGAGCUGCUGUCGCCGUAGCCACCAUUGCCGGAUUCGGAGUGGGAGGAGUCGUCGUUCCUGCGCCCACAAUCGCCAUGACUGCUUGCCCAGACUCCCUGAUUGCAACAGCGGCAGCCUUAACACUCUCUGUCCGUUUCAUCGGCGGUGCAAUUGGCUAUUCCAUCUACUAUAACGUCUUCAUAGAGAAGCUCAGUCCACUGCUUCCAGAAAAGGUCGCCGAAUUCGCAAUUCAAGCUGGUCUUCCACAAUCAUCCACGACGGAUUUGUGCCGAUAUUUCUGA